CUAAAAAAUUUCCUGGUCCUUGCCGGUCCUUAAUAUCUUUAAGACUCUGCAUUCCCCUUCAACCUCAAGUUCAUUUAUCUCACUUUCCUCUUUUGAGAAAACGAAAGAAGAAGAACCCGUCCAGUUAGCUCCAACGAACUUGUUUGUCGUUCUUUUGGAUUUUCUCCUCACCAAUCGCUUUCCAAGAUUUCCUUUGAAGCAAUGGGGAGCCAUAUGAGCAAGAGGACCCCUGAAACAUCAUAUGCAAUCAAUUUCAAUACUGAUAUGCAUUAUACAACCGAGCUGAGUUCAUAUGAAGCUGCCUGCAAGCUUGAUGCUGAUUUGCAAUCUUUCGACACAACACUUCAUGCUAGAACAAAUCAAGUCAUAAACACUCUUGCAGAUGGCGUUGACGUUCGAGCUCUUUCAUUUGUAUCUCUAAAACAAGUCACGGAGUGCCUUCUGGAGAUGAACCAGGAAGUUGUUAGAGUGAUUCUGGAAUGCAAGAAAGACAUAUGGAAGAGCCAAGAACUCUUUGAUCUAGUUGAAGAGUACUUCGAGAAUAGCUUACAGACUCUAGAUUUCUGUGCUGCGUUGGAGAAGUGCCUAAAGCGAGCUAGAGAUGGCCAGCUUCUUAUCCUGGUGGCUCUGCAACAAUUUGAGGAAGAAGCAGAGUUACGAGACAAUCGCUUUGUGAAAACACUACAAGAGCUCAAGAACUUCAAAGCAGCUGGUGACCCUUUUACUGAAGAGUUCUUUCAAAUCUUUCAGUCUGUUUAUAAGCAGCAAAUGGUAAUGCUUGAGAAGCUUCAAGUAAGAAAAAGCAAGAUUGAUAAGAAGCUCAAAUCUAUCCACACAUGGAGGAAGGUGACCAGUAUGAUAUUUGUUGCUACAUUUGCUGCCGUUCUGAUAUGCUCAGUUGUGGCAGCAGCCGUGGCUGCUCCACCGGUAGCGUCUGCUCUUGCUGCUGCAACAUCAAUCCCAAUUGGGACAAUGGGAAAAUGGAUUGAUUCUCUUUGGAAAAACUAUGAGAAUGCACUGAAGGGACAGAAGGAAGUGAUUAGCUCAAUCCAGGUAGGGACUUAUGUAGCAAUCAAGGACUUGGAUAAUAUCAGAGUUCUGGUUGAUAGAUUGGAGAUUCAGAUUGAGUCUUUACUGCGUAGUAUAGACUUUGCCAUUGAAGAAGAAGCAGUGAAGAUUGCAAUAGAGGAGAUUAAGAAGAAGCUUGGGGUGUUUAUGAAGAAUGUUGAAGAAUUAGGAGUCCAAGCUGAUGUGUGUAGCCGUGACAUAAGGAGGGCCAGGACUGUAGUUCUCCAGAGAAUCAUAAAGCAUCCUCACAAUUGAAGAUGAUCCAUCCUCAGAAUUCUAGUAAAUUUGAAUUUUCUUUCAUGUUCAAGGCAAUAAAAAGAAACUGGAUUUUAAUCUAUUCUUUCGGUAUGUUAAGGUAGCUGAAAUUGGUUGUUCAUUCACAGCAUUGUGGUUAUGAAAUGUAGAUUGUUUAAGAUUUUCAUUGAUUUUUGUUGUUGGUUCUUAGU